CUUCACCACCCCGACGCACAGCAUUACGAAGAUAGAUUGAAAUUGCUUCUGUUUGUAAAAUGACGACCAGUACAUCCACAAUGUCGACGGUGGUACCAUUGUUAUUCCAUGGCACAGCGGCCUCCAUCAUGCUUUGGGCCUACAACUCCCUUUCAUUAUCGCCUAUGCAUCCCUUGAUCAUGGCUCGGAAGGGUGGACACUGGGGAUUCCUCACUAUACAAGGGCUGGUAUUCGCAUCUAUCACAAUCUGGCUUGGUCUGAUCUGUGAUCUCUUACCGAGUUUCGCUGUUGCGAAAACUGGCAAACGCUAUUUCCAAAUGAUCUCAAUAGCACUGGCUUGCACCAUCUCAUGCAUUUAUUGGGGACUUAUCCUCACCGCACCUCAUCUCAUCUUACCUCGUCUGCCCGUUGGAGAUAAUUCGUUUGGGUUCAUCCCAGGAGAGACCACUGGCGAGUUGGUCGUUGUUUACAUCCCACUACAUCUGGACCUUGCCCUGCAUGCUGUGCCAGGUAUCUCGAUGGCAUUAGAUUUCUUGCUCUUCGAGAAAAAAUACACCUGGCAUGAGAUGUGGAUGCAAGCUCCGGGAAUGGUAUUAUUGUUCGUUUUCUGGUACGGCGGAUUGACCGAGUACCUUGGAGAGUUGAACGAUGGCAUCUUCCCAUACCCUUUCCUCACUGUCAACCCCUUACCCAUCAGGGUGGCUAUUUACUGCGGGGCAGGCACCUUGGCAUACCUAUCGUUCUUGUUCCUGAAUGCUAUCCAUCCAGGAGGAAAAGCCGUGAUGGCAAAGGUAGGGAUGAUGCAUGAUGACACGACGAGUGUCGACAACAAGCAGAAGACAAAAUAAUCUUGCAGAUGCGUCUGAUUAGAGGGAUAGGCAGUACAAGUAUUAGUGUUUAAAAAAUACACCGGAGCGAUGGUGAAUAUAUAUAUGCGCGCAUGAUCCAACACUAGGGUUGGGUUUCGCGGAAAC